AUGCAGAACGGGGAACAGCGCCAGCAGGCCAGCGGACCAGUCACCACGCUAUUGCCACCGCCGAAAGCCCUGGACACCACAGGAGACGUAUGGCGAAGCUGGAAGACAUGGCGGCAAGAGUUCGAGCUCUUCGCAACGGCAACAUACCUGAACCAGCAACCGAAAGAGGUACAGGCAGCCACCUUUCUUAUGAUUAUCGGAGAGGACGCACGCAAGACGUACAGCACUCUUGAUUUUGCAACUGACGAAGAGAAGUCGGACGUAGAAGUACUGAAAAUGAAGUUUGAGGCAUUUUACAAACCAGCUCUAAACUUAGCCUACCAUGAGUUCCGCUUUGGAAAGUGCGACCAAAAGGACGGUGAAAGUUUCAAUGACUGGCUGACAGACCUCAGAGUGCUAGCAAAAAGCUGCGAGUUUGGGCAGCUUGAAGAGCGUAUGCUGAGAAGCCGUAUUAUUCUCGGAAUUAGAGAUAAAAAGCUGCAAGAAAAGCUAAUCUCCGAAAAUGCUUCUUUCACGAAGACCGUAGAAAUGUGUCGCUCUCGUGAACAUGGCAAAGAACAGUGUGAAGAGAUACAGGCGCGCCCGAAAAGCGAUUACGCAGCCGAGAUGAACGCGCUAUCUGAAGCGAAAGGUCAGCGUUGUACAAAGUGCGCAAAGGUUCAUCAGACCGACCGUGUGUGCCCAGCAAAGGGACGCACGUGCAGGAAAUGCGGUGGCAGAAAUCACUUUGCGAUAGCCUGCAAGAAGAUGCAAAAAAGAUUUCAUUCGAAAGAGCACGCAGUAGCAUCUGUCGAUGCAGAAGAAGGCGAUUUCUGGUUAGAAACGCUAUCGCAUGCCCGUGGGAAAGACGACCGCUGGACGGCCACCGUUGAGAUAGAAGGAAAGCCUAUUUUUUGCAAGUUAGACACAGGCGCAACAUGCUCGGUUAUAGCACGCAGCCAGCUGCAGAAAAUAACAAACAAGCAGCCACUUGAUUGCAACGUUGUUUUAAACACAUUUUUUGGCUUCCAGAAAAAAGCGACGAAACAAGUUCGUCUUGAAGUGGCAACGAGAGAAAGCAAGAUUCUGACAGAGUUUUUCGUCGUGGAUGACGAAAUCGCCGUGACCUUGAGCGGUACAGUUGCCGAAGAGCUUGGCUUGCUCCAACGUGUCUGCUCUGUCGACCAACUAGAGCUUUACGGCACUGCCAAGCCUUACGAAGACGUGUUUGAAGGUCUGGGUCAACUGGAGGGUAUUGUCUACCAUCUAAAGCUCAAGCCCGGGUCCCAGGGAGUAGUGAAACCAGCACGGCGGAUUCCAAUAGCAUUGCAAAGCAAGGUGAAAGCUGAGCUCGACCGCAUGGAGACUGCUGGAGUCAUCGUGAAAGUGACCGAGCCGACAGAGUGGGCCAGCAACAUGGUCGUUGUUACAAAAGGAGAGAAGGAGUCCGUCCGGUACUUGGGACACAUUUUGACGCGCGACGGCCUGAGCCUGGAUCCACAGCGGCUAGAAGACAUCUUGCAAGUCCAGACGCCAAGCAACCAGAAAGAGCUGCAGACGUUCCUGGGCAUGGUUUCAGACAGACGGCUGAGCCAAGUUCUACAAGAGACCGACCAGGACCCUGUGAUGGUGAAACUUCGACAGUACGCAAGCAGUCAGUGGCCGGAGAGCAAAGCUGACGUCAGCAGCGAGCUACGAUGCUACUGGAGCUUCCGCGACGAGCUGCAUACGCAAGAUGGCCUUGUAUUCAGGAGCAACCGCCUCAUCAUUCCGGCCAAGAUGCGCAGCGAAGUUCUUGCCUGCCUUCAUGCAGCGCAUGGGGGAGCAGAAAAAAUGAAAGCACGUGCUCGAGCUGUACUUUUUUGGCCUUCUAUAAACAGCGAUCUAGAGGAAGUUGCUCGACGCUGUGAGACCUGCCAAAAGCACAAGCCACGAAAUCGGCGCUUGCCAUUGAUGAACCAUGAAAUUCCUAGCCUACCCUGGGAAGUUGUGGGAGCCGACAUAUGCUAUCACAAUGCUACCGAGUACUUGGUGGUUGUUGACUUUUAUUCUUUCUUUUUCGAAAUCAGGCCCGUGAAGACGACAGCCGACAAGGUGAUUGCUGCCUUCGCAGACAUAUUCGCCACUCAUGGCUUCCCGCAGCGCCUAUGCACGGACAAUGGACCGCCAUUCAGCAGCCAGGACUUUCGUGAAUUUGUCGGUAAGAUUAGCUUGCACCAUGUUCGCUCCAGCCCCUAUCACCCUCGAUCAAACGGAAUGGCUGAACGUGCGGUGCAAGAAGCCAAAAAAUUGCUGAAGAGGUAUCGGUACGGCACAGUGGAUUUUUGUGCUGCAUUGCUUGAAUGGAGAAACACUCCUCGCGAUUCCUAUUUGAAAUCUCCAAUGCAGAGACUCAUGGGCCGAAAUGCGAGGACGCUGCUGCCAGUCACGGAAACCCACCUGCGACCGCAGACCAUACCGCCAGAGGAGGUUCAACGGCGGCUCCACGUCAUCAGAAGUAGACAACGUUCCUACUACAACAGGGGUACAAGGCCGCUACCAGGACUUCCUGAGGGCUCCCGCGUCACAGUGUACAACGUACCAUCAAAGACCUGGUCCCCUGCUACGGUUAUCAAGCCUGCCAACAGUCCGAGAGCCUACAUUGUUGAGACCGAAGAUGGACUCCAGUUGCAGCGCACCAGAGAACAUCUCCGUCUGGCCCCCACUCCACUGGUGCCCCCCACACAAGAACAUCAAGCUGACGUGGGCCCCGCCGAGCCACAACUACGCAGAAGCGAACGCAAUCGCCGGCCACCGCAAAGAUACCCCAUGCCGGAACUUUAGUCUUUUUGUUUGUUUAAGAAGGGAGAUGUGACAGUCAUGCACACGUGCGCCAGAUUGGGGGCAACGCCCCUCGGCAUAGAAUGUAUAUAUGAGAGCGCUAUCGUUCAAUAAACGUUCUUUCGACGCACAUGA